AUGAAUAUCUCCCACAGCAAGGCCUGUUGCACCCGUGCACCUGUCAUCCUCCGCGGUGGCUACAACUAUAACCAAACCGGGAAAUACGUCGAGUAUGACGGACUAAAGACUUACGAAACCGGGUCGCCCACAACCAAACGCGGAAUCCUUAUGAUAUACGACAUCUUCGGCAUAUUCGUCCAAACAGUCCGCGGAGCCGAUAUCCUUGCUUCAGGCCACCACGAAACUCCCGACAAAGGUGGACAAUACAAAGUAUUCAUGCCAGACUGGUUCGGAGACCACGCUGCCGACGUGCAAACCUACCCUCCGAAAACGCCCAAGGAUGUUGCCAGCAUAGCCGCCUUCAUGAACGGACCCGCGGAUCCUGCCAAGACAGUGCCGAGGAUAGCACCGCUGAUGGAGGCGAUCAAGAAGGCGAAUCCGCAGAUUGAGGAAUGGGCCAUCUUGGGAUUUUGUUGGGGUGGGAAGAUCGCUGCUUUGGUGUCGCGGGAGGGGAGCUUGUUUAAGGCCUCUGGACAGUGUCAUCCCAGCUUGCUUGAAAGGGCUGAUGCGGCAAAAGUCACUAUUCCGAUGGUGGUUUUGUCGUCUUUGGACGAGGUUCCUGAGGAGGUAGAUCCUUGGGUCCAAGAUCUGAAAAUGGCGUCUACUUCAAGUUUCAGUGAGAUUUUUACCGAUUCAGUCCAUGGCUGGAUGACUUCCAGGGCUGAUUUCGAGGAUCUGCAUAAGUUUGAGGAAUAUUUGCGUGGAUACAGAAUAGUUCGCGAGUUCUUUGCUCAAUCCUUGUAA